AUGGAACCGCCAGCUCCGUCGUUAGAUCCCAAGCUCCGUCUGCUCUGUAGUUUCGGUGGCCGUAUAAUACCCCUCCCACCGGAGAAUUAUCUCCACUACAUCGGCGGCGAGACGCGGUUAGUCGUCGUUCCACGUGGCGUAUGCUUUGUCGACUUCUUCAAGCUUCUCUCCGAAAAGCUCCUCUCUGGUCGAUCCUUCUCUCUCAAGUACAAGCUCCCUGGCUGCGACUUCGACUCUCUCAUCACCGUCUCAGACAACGAUGAUCUAGAGAACAUGAUCGCCGAGUAUGACUCCACUCGUUUCCGGCGUAUCCGUCUCUUCCUCUUCCCGUUAAAUCACCCGGAGUUAACACGACAGUCCGUGACGGUUAACAGGUUGCUAGGUCUCGAAUCACCGAUCUUCACCUCUUCAUCUUCCGUUCUUGCCAGCCCGAUUUUCCCGCCAAGUAGUGGUCCGCCUCUGUUUGUCCAAGGGGACAAGGUCCAUGCAACUGCGGGGGAGGAGAAUAGAAGAAAGGACGAGGUUGUUACAACCUCCGCCUCUAUAUUGCCGCCGGAAAAUACAGCAGCCGCUGAUGAUACCGGAAGAUUAUCAGAUAGAGAAACAGAAUUAGUAGAAAUUCAAGACCAGCCACGGCCAAUGGUUCAAGAGCCGUUGCCCCAGCAGCAGCCAUUGAUAAUCUAUUAUUUACCAGUCUGGCCGGUGCAGCCACAUAUGGUUAAUUAUCCAAUGGCUGCUUAUGCAUUACCUCCGCCUACAGAACAUUCUUCUAGGUUAGAUAAUGUGCCGGAGAUUCAAGAAAACGCGGCAUGA